CGAGGAGGGCCCGGGAGCGGCGGGGCCGAGCCCAGCGGAGCGGGGACACCGGGGCUGCACCGGCGGAUGCGAGGAUGAGGCCUCUGCUCGGCGUGGUGGCGCUGGUGACGCUCAUGUCCCUCGUGUCCCCUGGUCUGGCCUGUCCGGCGCCGUGCUCCUGCUCCACCAAGAAGAACGGGCGGCUGCUGGCCGAGUGCGCCUACCGCGAGCUGCGGGACGUCCCGCGGGGCCUGUCCCCCAAUGUCACCAUCCUCACGCUCUCCGCCAACCGCCUGGGCCGCCUGGGCCGCGCCUCGCUGGCCGAAGCGCCCGAGCUGCAGUCGCUGUGGUUGGGCUACAACCAUAUCUCCACCGUGGAGCCCGGCGCCUUCGCCGCCCUGCCGCACCUCAAGAACCUGGACCUGAGCCACAACCGGCUGGCGGAUUUCCCCUGGCAGGACCUGCGCAACCUCAGCGCGCUGCAGAUCCUCAAGCUCAGCAACAACCGGCUGGCCGCCGUGCCGCGCGGCGCGCUGGCCGGCCUGCGGGAGCUGCGCUCGCUCUGGCUCAACGACAACGAGCUGGCCACGCUGGCCCGCGGCACCUUCGAGGGGCUGCCGGCGCUGGCGCAGCUGCAGCUCUUCCACAACCCCUUCAACUGCUCCUGCAAGCUCUUCUGGCUCAAGGAGUGGGCUCACGGCACCUCGGUGGUCCUCUCCAGAGCCGGCUCCACGCUGUGCGCCGCGCCGGCACGGCUGCGGGGCCGGCCGGUCACCGACAUCCCCGGCGCGCUCUGCGUGCCGCCCUCGGCCCAGCUGACCUAUCUGUCCGGCCCGGCCGCUGCCGGGCCUCGGGAUGGGCCGACGCUGACCCUGCACUGCAGCGUGGCCGGCAGCCCCCCGCCGGAGAUCCGCUGGCAGAUCCGCACGGCCGCUCGCCGCGUGGACAUCCACGGGCCCACGGUGGCACGCGACGGCGGCGCCAAAGCCGGCCGGCAGCGCUUCUUGGCCUUCAAGAACGGCACCAUGGCCAUCCCCGACUUCGGCAAGGAGGACGAGGGCACCUACACCUGCCUGGCCGUCAACGACGUGGGCACGCGUGACGUCUCCGUCAACGUGGCGCUGGCCGGCUCGGCCAACCCGGCCGAGGAGCUGCCCCGCGAUGACCCGCAGGCCGGGCACGCCGGCGGGCACAGCUGCGCCAAGGGGGACGAGCUGGAUCCCUCCGGCAUGGGCGAGAAGUUGGUCAUCGUCUACCGCAUGUCUGGCCAGGCCUGGAAUGGCGCAGGAGCCCGGGAAUUCCACCUGGGAAUUCUGCCGCUGGCUCUGGGGCUGCUGCUCUGGUGAAUGGCGGUGUUGCUGUUUUUCCGUAGUUUUUCCUCUCGUAGUGCCUUCGCUGAGCUUCUGGCAUCCGGGAGCGCUCCGGAGCCCAACGGGGCCACCGCAGGCCUGGGGCGGGUGGUCCAGCCCUCGCCAUUCCCGUUCCCAGAGGAGCUCCGGGAACAUGGGGCGGAUCCAUCCCGGAUCCAGCCGGGAUCUGCUGCCGAUUCCCGGCUGUCCCAACAUGCCACUUCCCGCUUUUCUCCUCACCUGGAUCCGAUGGUGGCCACGGGAGGUGACAACGGUGACGAUCCCUCCCCAGAGCCACCGCAGCUUCCACCGGGGAGGGAUCUAAGGAGAAAAUCCCUGGGAAUGGACACGGAUGCCACAGAGCAUCGGGAUGGACCCACAGCCUUGGAUCGGGAAUCCCAAAAUCCCGUCUGGGCUGGACCCACCGAGUUGAGCCAAAGAUUCCCAAAGCAUUCCCAAUGGGAAUGGGGGAAAGAUUGGGAACAGCAGAGAAGCUGAGCUGCCUUGAAGCCAUAAAUAUUCCCCGAAUGCUUCGGAAUUCCCGGCGGGACAAAUAUUCCUUAUCCAGGUGUCCUGGGAAACCAGGGACAGCAAUAAGUGCCUUUAAUUAAUGCCUUUAAUUAAGAAAUACCCAUCAUAAACACUUGUAAUAAACAAACUAUUUUAAUAAAUACCUUGAAUUAAUAAACACUUUGAAUUAAUAAUUACUUUUUAUAAGCACCUUGAAUAAACUCCUUUUUUUUUUUCUAAA